GGUUGAGUGAUGGCACACCUAACUUUCCACAUUGUCGUCAUUAAUUUCCAACAAAAAUAAUUGACGGCAUUGAGUUCUUAUUGGAGCAAAGAAAGCUGCUACUCCAUUCCUAUUCUUCCUAACGACGUCUUGUGUCUUUCAUUUCCACUUCGCAUCUGCUAACCUUCAUCUUCCCCUCAAUUCCUUCACUUCCUCUGCAGAGAAACAGGCAUGGCCCUAGAGAUAUUUGCAGGAGCUUUUCUCUCCGCUUCUCUCCAUGUUCUUUUCGACAGGUUGGCUUCUUCCGAGGUAUGGACCUUCAUCGGGGGACAGAAGGUCAGUGAGGAACUCCUUCUGGAGUUGGGGAUGAAAUUGCUGGUUGUGGAUAAAGUGCUCGACCAUGCUGAGGUAAAGCAAUUUACAGAUGAACGAGUCAAAAGGUGGUUGGUGCGCGUUAAGAAUGCUGUGUAUGAUGCGGAAGACCUACUGGACGAGAUUACCACAGAAGCUUUGCGACGCAAGAUGGAAGCUGCUGACUCCCAGACUGGCCCAACUCACGUACUGAACAGCUUUUCCACAUGGUUUAAGGCCCCACUUGCUGAUCAUCAAAGCAUGGAAUCUAAGGUAAAGAAGAUCAUCGGAAAACUGGAAGUUCUUGCACAAGCAAUAGAUGUGCUUGCUUUGAAGGGUGAUGGUAAGAAACUGCCACAAAGAUUACCCUCGACUUCUCUGGUGGAUGAAUGUUGUGUGUACGGCAGGGAUGAAAUUAAAGAGGAGAUGAUUAAAGGGUUGUUGUCUGAUAAUACAGGUCGCAACAAGAUAGAUGUGAUCUCCAUAGUCGGCAUGGGCGGCGCAGGCAAGACCACCCUGGCUCAGCUUUUGUAUAAUGAUGGGAAAGUGAAAGGACACUUUCACCUGAAAGCAUGGGUUUGUGUUUCGGAGGAGUUUUGUCUUCUCAAGGUGACAAAAUCAAUUCUUGAGGGAAUAGGAUCUGCGGCCUCUUCUCAUAUGCAAAGCGAGAACCUGGAUUUGCUUCAGCAAAACUUAAAAGAUAGCCUUGGUGACAAGAAAUUUCUACUCGUUCUGGAUGAUGUUUGGGAGAAAUGUCCUAGUGAAGGGGCAGGGUUACGAAUUCCGCUCCUAGCUGCUUGGGAAGGGUUACGAAUUCCACUCCUAGCUGCUGGGGAAGGAAGCAAGGUUGUUGUGACCACUCGCAAUCGAAACGUUGCAAAAAUCAUGCGUGCAGAUCAUACUCAUCCUCUGGAAGGGUUGUCCCAGGCACAUUGUUGGUCCUUAUUUGAAAAACUUGCAUUUGAAAAUGGAGCCUCGGGCCCAUAUCCUCAACUUGAAUCAAUAGGCAGAAAGAUCGUGGCUAAAUGCCAAGGAUUGCCUUUAGCGGUCAAAGCACUUGGUUGUCUCUUGUAUUCUAAAACUGACCGAAGGGAAUGGGAACAAAUUUUGGAGAGUGAAAUUUGGGAUUUGCAAGAUCAUGAAAUCGUUCCUUCGUUGAUAUUGAGUUAUCGAGAUCUCCCAUUGCAUCUGAAACGAUGUUUUGCCUAUUGCUCCAUUUUCCCCAAGGACCAUGAAUUUGAUAAGGAGAAUCUGAUUUUACUAUGGAUGGCAGAAGGACUUCUACAAUUUUCAAAAAGCAAUGAAAGAAUGGGAAAGGUAGGUGAGAAGUAUUUUGAUGAACUUGUAUCGAAGUCAUUUUUUCAGAAAUCUGCUUUCAACAAAUCAUGCUUUGUCAUGCAUGAUCUCAUGCAUGACUUGGCUCAAUAUAUAUCUAGAGAAUUUUGUAUUCGAGUUGAGGAUGAUAAGGUGCAAGAAAUCUCAGAGAACACUCAUCACUCAUUGGCCUUUUGUCGUACCUUUGAUAGAUUGGUUGUGUUUAAGAGGUUUGAGGCCCUUGCAAAAAUAAAGUGUCUUCGAACGUACCUUGAGUUUUCAGAGGAAUUUCCUUUUUAUAUUCCAAGUAAAAGGGGAAGUGUUGAUUUACACGCUAUAUUAUCUAAAUGGAGGUACUUACGAGUGUUGUCAUUGCGUUUUUAUAGACUUACUGAUUUGCCCGAUUCAAUAGGUGAAUUAAAAUAUUUGCGUUAUUUGGAUAUCUCAUAUACUGGGAUUAAAAAGUUGCCUGAUUCCGUGUGUUAUUUAUACAAUUUACAAACAAUGAUUCUAUCAGUAUAUUACCAUUUCAUUGAAUUGCCUGAAAGGAUGGAUAAAUUGAUUAAUUUGCGUUAUCUUGAUAUAAGAGGAUGGAGAGAAAUGCCAAGUCACAUUAGUACAUUAAAAAGUUUACAGAAGUUGAGUAAUUUUAUUGUGGGCCAAAAAGGUGGAUCAAGAAUUGGUGAAUUAGGAGAGCUUUCAGAUAUUGGGGGAAGACUUGAAAUUUCAGAAAUGCAGAAUGUGGAGUGUGCUAGGGAUGCGUUGAGAGCGAAUAUGAAGGAUAAGAGACACCUUGAUGAACUAUCCUUGGCAUGGAGAGACGAAGGUACUAAUGAUGUUAUACAAAGUGGCGUCCUCAACAACUUGCAGCCUCAUCCAAAUUUAAAGCAGCUUACCAUCGCAGGUUAUCCCGGUGUAGCAUUUCCAGACUGGAUAGGAGGAGGUUCUUCACUCUCGAAUCUGGUCACCCUGCUGUUGUGGACAUGUGAAAAUUGUUCAUCAUUGCCACCACUUGGGCAACUACCCUCUCUUAAACAUCUUUCUAUCUCAGGACUAAAAGGAGUAGAGAGGGUGGGAAGGGAGUUUUAUGGGGAUGCUUCUUCCUCCAUUGCAAGUAAGCCCUCCUUCCCAUUCCUACAAACUCUAAGAUUUGACAGGAUGGACAACUGGGAGCAAUGGUUAUGUUGUGGAUGCGAAUUCCAUCGUCUCCAGGAGCUUUAUAUAAAGAAAUGUCCCAAACUCACAGGGAAAUUACCAGAAGAGCUUCCUUCAUUGAAGAAACUUGAAAUUGAUGGAUGUCGGGGGCUGCUUGUGGCUUCACUCCAAGUUCCAGCCAUUCGUGAAUUGAAAAUGGUGGGUUUUGGUGAAUUGCAGUUGAAAAGGCCAGCCUCUGGCUUCACUGCUCUUCAAACUUCACAUAUUGAAAUUUCAAAUGUGCCUCAGUGGAGGCAACUACCAUUGGAACCGCACGAGCUCACAAUUACAAACCUUGAUGCUGUAGAGUCUCUACUAGAGGAGGGAAUCCCGCAAACCCACCCUUCUGUCAUGCAUGAUUUGAAAAUCAGGGGUUGUUAUUUUUCCAGACCGUUGAACAGAUUUGGUUUUUCCAUGGUCACAUUAAAAUCGCUACAAAUCUGUGACUGUAACAACGUAGGGUUUCUCCUACCUGAGUUGUUCAGAUGCCAUCACCCAUCUCUUGAAGAAUUAAAAAUCAUCGAUAGUAAAACCGAUUUAUCUCUCUCAUCAUCCUUCUCAUUAUCCUUCUCUUUAGCCAUCUUCCCCAGGUUGAUUCAUUUUGAUAUCAGUUCUGUAGAUGGUCUUGAAUCCCUCUCCAUCUCGAUUUCAGAAGGGGAACCAACUUCUCUUCGUUCGUUGGAAAUUAUCAAGUGCGAUGAUCUUGAAUAUAUUGAAUUGCCUGCUCUCAACUCGGCAUGCUAUAGUAUCUCGGAAUGCUGGAAGCUCAAGUCGCUGGCACUCGCACUCUCAUCCUUGAAGAGAUUAAGUUUAGCAGGUUGUCCACAAUUGUUGUUUCACAACGAUGGUUUGCCCUUCGACCUACGUGAACUCGAAAUUUUCAAAUGCAACCAACUCAAGCCCCAGGUGGACUGGGGUUUGCAGAGACUGGCCUCUCUUACAGAAUUCAUAAUCGGUGGAUGCCAGAACGUGGAGUCAUUUCCCGAGGAGCUCCUGCUGCCCCCCACUCUUACCACUCUUGAAAUGAAAUAUUUUCCAAAUCUCAAGUCUCUGGACGGUAGAGGGCUUCAACAGCUUACCUCGCUCACAAAAUUAUCCAUCCGUCACUGCCCUCAGCUCCAAUUUAUUCCACAAGAGGGGUUUCAACAUUUUCCUUCUCUUAUGGAAUUAGAGAUCGAAGACUGCCCGGGCCUCCAAUCCUUUGGGGAAGACAUCCUUCGACAUCUUUCAUCUCUUGAACGAUUAUCCAUCUGUCGGUGCGAUGCACUCCAGUCCUUGACAGGAUCGGGUCUUCAACACCUCACCUCUCUUGAAAAAUUGGAAAUCCGUCUCUGCCCUAAGCUCCAAUCUUUGAAAGAAGUGGGUCUACCAUGCCUUGCCCCUCUUAAACAACUACACAUCUCGGGCUUACCCGAGCUCCAAUCCUUGACAGAAGUGGGUCUUCAACACCUCACCUCUCUUGAAAUAUUAUGCAUCUUCAACUGUCCUAAGCUUCAAUCCUUGACAGGAGAGAGACUUCCAGAUUCCCUCUCUUUUCUACACAUCAAGAACUGUCCUUUGCUGGAACAGCGGUGCCAAUUUGAAGAAGGGCAAGAAUGGGAUUAUAUAGCUCACAUCCCACGAAUAUACAUCGGUCGUGAGGCAUUCUAACGAAGGUGUUUGCUGGAGUAAUAAUUAGCCAGAGGAGCAAGGGAAGAUUAACCACAGAGUCACAGAGGAAAUCAAUAAGAUCUCAAAUUGCAAGAAUUUCAGGUCACUGAUGCUUGCUCUGGUACUUUACUGAGUAUCACGAACUGUUCGUGGCUGAUGUCCCACAUGUAGUAAGAGAUGAUCUGGCUUUCUAACGACGAUGAUUGCACACCAAUUUACAGUCAGUCAGAUUCCGAUAAUGGUCCAUAAGUUGAAGCUUUUACACAACUAUGUUGCAAUCCAGGUGCAUUGAGCAGCCCUACAGAUUUGGUGUCUUGAUUAGCAUUAUUGGGUUUGUUUUCCAUGGGCUAAAUCAUUGGGAACCACUUUUGAUUAUCAGUUUCUAAGGGGCAUUGUGUUUCAGAUGCCUUCCACUUUCGCCAGCCUUGUAACCCUACUUAUUCGAAGGUAUUUCCUUUUCUUCCCUGCUCGUUGUAUAGAUAUCACUACUUUGCUCCUUAUAAACUGCACCAUUAGUUUUAUAAAAAAAAAAUAGCACCUGUAAUGCUGCAGCUGUUUUCAUGGCUGGUCUUGCUCCUAAAAUUUUUGUCUUUUGUAUGUUCAAAGCGAGGGUUUAGUUAUUAUGAUGGCUCUUUGAAAUGGAAGGUGGAGUUAGGAAGAUGUGUCUGUUGUAGCGGCUGUGACAUAAUUGCUACUAAAAUUAAGAGAUAUUAUUCUUGAUGGUUCUCUCCCUCCUCCUUGAUGGGAUCUGCGAAAAUUGACUAGCUUGCACUUACGAGGAGUCCCCGUGGUGAAAGGCCCUGGAGAUUUUCUUGUUUUGCACCAAGUCAACCAGUUUCAAAAGACAAGCCAGUUUAAGUACAACAUCUUUGUGAUGUACCUUUGGAACUUUUUUCUUUCCUGAUUUUGAUGUCAUUUUCUGCUUGGUUUGGUCUUUCUUGGGUGUCAACAGUGACCAGGAAUUUUUGACAAAAUGGAGAGUGCCAGUCUCCCUCUCUUAUUUGACGGUCAACUACUGUUGUUCUCUCCAAGAACAGUUCCAAUUCAGGAAAGGGAAAGAUGGGCAUUAUAUAGCUCACAUUCCACAAAUGGAGAUAGGCCUAGUGCUGUUCUAAUGAAGGUGGUGGUACAUCAAUAUAUAACAAGAUUGCACUUACUGGGAGUUCCUGUAACAAAAGGUUGUGGUGACGCUUUAUUCUGCCUAAACAAGAGGAUCACUUACCAAAGGCAGGGGGAUAGAAUUCUAACAUCUUUGUUCUAUGGUUGCCACUCGUUUCUUUCCCAAGUUUUGAUGUCAUUUUGUUAUUGUUUUCGUUCUGGUGUUUGUUAGGUCUUGAUUGCUCGGGGAGAAUACGAAGAUGUUCUAUUGCUGUGGGGUUAUGGUCUUAGAAUUGAGAACAUUCUUGUGCUUCUAUCGGUGACUAUGGGCAUUGGUUCUCAUUGUUUGUGUCAACAAGAGUCAAUUGUAUAUUUGUAGAGAAAUAAUGUCUAAAUUUUUAAUGAAGGUUUACUCCAUGAGACUUGCAAGAAGAAUAUUGUAAUUAAAUUGAUCAACCUAUGAGACUUUUGGUAGUUCUGUUUGCCAUUUUGAUGUCGGUAUCAUCUUGAAGUGGUGGAGUGCAGUUUCCUCAUUGAACUUUAUGAUUUUAUAUGGAAAAGAUGAUUUUGAGCUUA